AGUUUAUUGAAGCUAUAAAGGAGCUAGGUAUUACUUUUUUGGUUGCAAAGUUUGAUGGCAUUCUUGGGCUUGGAUCGCAAGAAAUUUUUGUUGGAAACCAGUAUCUGUGUGCAUAGUGCUUCUAGCUACAACAGCAGGCUACGCUGUGGUAGGUUCGGAUGGCCCUUGGCCUCCGGGCCGCGCCGCUCGGUAGUGGCCACUGCUAUGUUGCUGAGUUGGCUGUGCGAGGAAGGGGAAGGCCUGGACAUGAUGGACACCACCCCGGAGCCUGACAAGGAGGUCGUAAGGUCCGAGCCCGAGCCCGGCCUGACAAGAAGGUACCUUAGCUGCUUGCCUCCACAAUCAGUCCAAGAUGGCACUUUUUCCCGUUCUGGUGUGCUCUAUCGUGCUAUAGCAUCUAUCUAGUUGUAAAUUAGCUUGAUCCGGUUGAGAUUAGGAUUUUAUUGUUGGGUUACCAUAUUAGGAGUUUAUUGAAGCUAUAAAGGAGCUGGGUGUACUUUUUUGGUUGCAAAGUUUGAUGGCAUUCUUGG